UUUUUUUUCUUUCUCUCUUCUCCUCUUUGGUACUUUUCUAUUAUAACACAACAAAAUGAGUGCCUCGACUGCUGCUGCUGCUUCCAGGACUAACUCUCUUCUUCCUGCUAUGCUCCCCUCUACCUCUGCAACCACUAACACCAUCAGUCAACAGUUACAGCAAAAGAACCCUUUCGGUCCCAACCUUGGUCUCAACUCCCGUUGCUACUGCCACAUCAGCUCAAAAGAAAAUCGCUGGUGCUCAGUUCUCAUGGUCCACUUUUGGCCGAGGUCCUCCUUAUACCAGUCAUCAAAAGAGCAUGUCCUCUACGACAGUAGCAGGUCGGGAGUUUAUUCUGUCCUUGGACAUAUCAAAGAUACUUGUCUUUUGCUUGGUACAAUCUAUUCCAAAGAGGGUCCCCGUGCGCUCUACAAGGGGUUAGGACCCAAUCUCGUCGGAGGCUAUCAAUUUGCGGCGUAUGCGAUCUCAGCUGGUAUCAUUACAGCAACUGCCACCAAUCCCAUUUGGCUUGUCAAAACUAGGAUGCAACUUCAGGUCGAGGGAGUACGGCAAUACAAAAACAGCGUGGAUUGUAUCUACCAAAUUCUCAAGAACGAAGGUAUCCGUGGUAUGUACCGUGGGUUGAGCGCAUCAUACCUGGGUGUCGCCGAAGGAACGAUCCAGUGGAUGAUCUAUGAGCAGCUGAAGAAGACUCUGGCAGAAAGACGCAAAGUCACUAGCUUAAGCAGCACUACUGGUACAAGAUUUGUCAUUGGUGGCAAGGAUAUUGAAGAAUGGAUCGACUAUUUGGGCGCUGCUGGAGCAGCAAAGUUUGUUGCUUCGGCUAUGACAUACCCACACGAAGUUCUCCGUACACGACUGCGGCAGGUUCCGGUGGGAAAUGAGCCACCCAAAUACACUGGACUGAAACAGACAUUCCAGCUGGUACUCAAAGAGGAAGGCGUUGCAGCCUUAUAUGGCGGUCUUACUGCGCACAUGAUGCGUGUUGUCCCUAAUGCAGCAAUCAUGUUCUUCUGUUACGAGGCUAUCAUGCAUCGCUUUGGAUAAGUGUUGUCGCCGAUUAACUAUCAACAAGAUGGUCGCUUCUUUGUUAGUUUAUGCAUCAUAUUUCCCUCCCCCUUUUUUGCAUUGUUGUUUAUAGGAUUAGAAGGACGCGCACAUCUCAUGCCUUUUCA